CACGGGCACAUGGCCUGGAUGUGGUGCCACUGGUGCAGAGCUUCGGGCACAUGGAGUUUGUGCUGAAGCACAGGGAGUUCGCCCAUCUCCGGGAGGUGAAGGUGUUGCCCAAUGCCCUGAACCCACACAAGGAGGARUCGCUGGCACUGGUCAAAGCCAUGAUUGACCAGGUCAUGGCCCUGCACGAAGACUUGCGGUGGUUUCACAUCGGAUGUGAUGAGGUCUACUACCUAGGUGAAGGAGAGGAGUCAAAGCAGUGGCUGCAGCAGCAAGACAACACUCCAGAAAAGCUGUGCUUAUCCCACAUAAAAGCAGUUGCCAGUUGUUUGKCCUCAUCUUACCCCAUGGUGACACCCAUCGUGUGGGAUGACAUGCUCAGGGGGAUGAGUGAGCAAAUAUUGGCAGUGCAGCUCAUAGAGAAGUACCGCAGGUGUGGCUUCUCCAAGGUGUGGUUUGCAAGUGCCUUUAAAGGAGCCACAGGAGUGAAUCAGUCUCUGACCCUCAUUGGGCACCACCUCAGGAACCACCUGGAGUGGCUGCAGGUGGCGAGCAGGAGCCCGGCUGAGGUCCUUGAAGGUAUCGCGCUGACCGGCUGGCAGAGGUAUGAUCACUUCUCUGUUUUGUGUGAGCUUCUCCCUGUGGCAAUUCCAUCAYUGGCCGUGUGUCUGCAGGCACUAAAGAAUGGUGGCUAUUCUGAAAGGGUUAAAGAAAAUGUGGAAAAGCUUCUGGGAAUGUCUAAUCUGGAAAUUGAUACUUUCAUGAGCACAAAUCUGGGGACCUUUCCUGGGAGCAAUAUCCUCAAACUCGUGACMCAAGUUAGUUUCUACCUCAAGUCAUCAGUGGAUGAACUUCUUGAAAAGAACAGGUAUGUCACAGGCUGGUUCAGCCCCUACCACAGGAAAAGGAAGAUUAUUCAUCCUAUCAUAAUUCACCACUUCCAGCCAGAUGCAGUCAGUCUCCUCUCCAGUUGGAAUGCUGUGGUGCAAGACCUCCAAGCAGCCAUGGAACAAGUUUUCCACAAGUGUACUAUAGAGGAAUGGAUGGAGGAGAAUGUCCACCCCAGCCUACAGAAGCUGCAGCAAGUGGUGGAUGAUUUAGAUGAAGCAAUAAAAGCACAAAAUUAAGGGCAUUUCAACUAGUCAGACUCAUUCCCUGGAAAAACAUGGCUAGUGAAAAUCAUCAACUAGUCCUUGAGCUGGAGUUUGUCAUCUUGAGAGUUGAAGCAAGAACUGUGGUUAAACAAAAGUGACCUGAAGGCACGAAGGAAUUUAUUAGCAUAAUAGACUUMAAUUCUGUUGUAAUUUGCCUGUCUUAACACAGGCUGAGCCUUAAUUCACCUGCUCUUUAAGUCAGGUUUGCUCCCCUUGCRUAACAGAAUGUGGGAGUGAGACACAGCUCAUUCUCUUAUAAGGCAAAGGAAAACCCAGUUUCUUCCAAAUUCAGCAACAGGCUCUUACAUAACAAUGACCUGAGAAAGUUCUACACUAAUAUUUAGGAUCCUUAAAAGUUUGGGUCAUUUUGUUCUGCACUGUAACUCCUUCACCUGUCAGCUCUAUGCUGAACUGUGUCCUACCAUUCCAUCACAGGUGAGAGGGAGCUGCUGAGGCAGUGACACCUGGAUUGGAGAAAAAAACUGCCUUAACACACUGGGCUGCUUCACUCCCUGCCAAAGCAUUGUCUAAG